CGGUUCAGUCCCACAUUAAGAGGAACAGAAAGGACGGGGUUCGGUUCAGUACAGUCCACUCGGUGUUUAGUAACAUCUGAAGCCCAAUCGGACCUGCAGAACUGGAUCCGAGGCAGACGGAGCCUCACGUGAUUGACAGGGGGGCUCUCAGAGUGACGUCAGCCGGAGGCGCUGCCUUUAGGAGAGCAUGGAGAGAGGAGAGAGGAGCGUUCGGACCCGCGGGGAUCCGAGGCGGACUCACAGAGCGAAGCACCUCAUCCGUACAGCGUCCAGACUCAUCUGGUUCCGAUCUGAACCGUAUUCAUGGUGUUUUUCCUGAAGCUGAGCUCAGGUUUGUUUUCUCCUCUUUUUUCCAUCCAUCUGAUCUGGAUCAAAACACUUCAACAUUCAGAGAUGUCUGGACAUAAGGACUUGGAGCUCAGGACCAGUUUAGUUUUUAGUCUGGAUUUAAAUUAAAUCUCCUGAUGCGCCUCAUCAUAAAAAAAACCUGGCACAGUCUCCGGAGCGCACAGAAUCCUGGUACCACGCAGCCCAGAGAAACCCGAUGGUCUUCAGUUUGAAGAACAGGAGGAGGACCCUGGAUCUGGACCAGUGGGAGCUGAGAGGAUUUCUGUUCAGGAAAAACAAAACAAACGUGGAGAUAGAGUCCUGAGGAGCUGAGUCGACCAGACCAGAAGUAGACUGAUAAGAACCACAUUUUUCCCAGUUUAUUUGAAUCCACCUGAGGGGAUCUGAGUCAUCUGUGAGAACUCUGAGUAGAUGAGAGGUAGGAGUGUUCUCUGCUGACCAGCAGACUUCUUUAGUCGUUUUACUCUUUCUGGGUCUGAAUGAAUUACAGUUGAUGAGGGAAGAAACAUCUCUGCCUCUUUGAGGUAUUUUUUUUCAUAAAAUGCAAAUAGACUCAUAGCUUCAGUUCGUCUGUUUUCAACCAUGGACAACGUCUCCAUCCCUGAUGGCACUCUGCCAUUUUGUAACAACUCUGUGGACCCCCAUGCCCACAUGCCAGGGAACAGCUCAGACCUGAACUGCACCCUUCCCUCAGACUUUCACUUCUACGCUGGCCUGUACGUCAUUUUACCCAUCAUCUACUCCGUAAUCUGCGCCGUGGGACUGACGGGCAACACGGCUGUCAUCUAUGUCAUCCUCAAAGCCCCCAAAAUGAAAACGGUCACCAACAUGUUCAUCCUGAACUUGGCCAUUGCAGAUGAUUUGUUCACGYUGGUGUUGCCGAUCAGCAUCGCUGAACACCUGCUGAACUACUGGCCUUUUGGGGAGGUUCUAUGUAAAGUCAUCCUCAGCAUAGACCAUUACAACAUCUUCUCCAGCAUCUAUUUUCUGACCGUCAUGAGCGUCGAUCGCUACCUGGUCGUCUGGGCGACAGUGAGGUCCAAGCGCAUGCCGUACCGCACCUACCGGGCAGCCAAGAUCAUCUCCCUCUGCGUCUGGAUCCUCGUCAUCCUCAUCGUCAUGCCGUUCACCGUGUUUGCAGGAGUCUUCAACUCAAACGACGAUCGCAAAAGCUGCGUGCUGAGCUUCCCUAUCCCCGAGAAUUUGUGGUUUAAAACCAGCCGGAUCUACACGCUCAUUCUGGGCUUUGCUAUCCCAGUGUCCACCAUCUGCAUCCUGUACACAAUGAUGCUCUACAAACUGAGAAACAUGAAGCUCAACAGCAACGCCAAGGCUCUGGACAAGGCCAAGAAGAAGGUCACCAUCAUGGUUUUCAUUGUGUUGGCCGUCUGCUUGUUCUGUUGGACCCCGUUCCAUUUGAGCACCAUCGUUGCUCUGACCACAGACCUGACAACCACGCCGCUAGUGAUUGGGAUCUCCUACUUCAUCACCAGCCUGAGCUACGCCAACUCCUGCCUCAACCCCUUCCUGUAUGCCUUCCUGGACGACAGCUUCAGGAAAGCUUUCAAAAAAAUGUUGGAGUGCCGACCGGCCUGAAGGGGCAUUAGGUGGCAGCCGUUGGACGAGGCUGUGCUUGUCUCUUAUCCACUCAGAACAAAGUGGGAAGGCGGGGAGCAGAUUGUAUUGGAUCAGAAAGAGGUUUUGCACGUUUCCAUUGUAAAACAAAAACAUAAAGAAUCAAAGGCUUAACUUUCAUUGAAUUAAUGCAUAUCACCCACUGCCUUCUAUGCUAGAGUUUUACGUUAAGAUUCUAUAAGUGUUGAUAAAGAACAAGCUGUAGCUGUUUCUGGUCAGACUUUGUAAAUAAGAUUAUAUUUCAUCAGAUGUCAGAAACCACCAAACCUAAUUUUACCUCACUGUCAGUAAAACUGACUCAAUUGUGGACAGUUUUAUGUUAGCUAAUACUGAUUAGCUGUGGUUGUCAUUUUUAUUGGAGUGACUUUAACUGUAAACCUAUUUUUGAGUUUUUUAGGGUCAGUUGGUUCUAACAGCCAUCUUCACUUGGGUUGAUUCUAAAAGGUUGUAACUCUACAUCCAAUAGUUAUUUCUUCAUUAAAACCCAUUCAGUGAUUGUUGAAAUAUUUUGCUAACAGACGAACCGAUACAAGCAAAGCCGUUAUAGUUUGCCUUUGCUGCACAACUGCAGGCAGUGUCAUUAAUGACUUUAUAAGAUAUAAAUAAAUAUUCACAUUACAGUAAAGCAAAAACAAAGAGGAGAAAAAUAAAAUCUCUUCUCUCGUUACGGAACACGUUUCUACACAGCUUCGUCUACACGAAAGCUCACUAAACGUUUUCCUUUGAGUUUACUUUUGAUGGAAGUAGAAGCAGAGUUCUGCUUAUUUUUGUUAGAUUUUUUUUCCUGUCAAAAGAAAACACAUUUUGUUUUUUCUGUCUCUGGAAGCACAAAGAACGGAGAGUUUUACUCACAUUAGAAAACAAAAAUUUACAAGCUCUGUCCCAACGUGCACACGCUCAUCCACGCUGGUUCCAAGGUUAAGAUGCCUCACCUGUCAGAUGUGAUUAAUGCAGUGGAAACAGCUCAGAUGUGUCACAACAAACACGUAUGACCUUCAGUGGACACCAUCCGGUAUUAGAGAACAAUAAGACCUCAGAGCGGGUCAGGCUCUGGUUUACAUCCAAUCAGGACCACAUCGCUGCAGGGUUGCAUGAUGCUUUUUGUUUUUCACCCUUUUUGUUUAAUAAUGUGAUCCAAGAAAAGCUUUGUUCAUAAAGAUGAUAUGAAAAGUGA